AUGCGCAGUUAAAGCAAACACUCAACUUUUAAAUAAUAUGAAAAAGGUACUCCACGUGAUUUAAUUUCAGAAUAAUAAGAUGAAGAAAGUAGCAAUGCAAAAGUCUUAAAUAUCUAUAAUUAAAUAGAUGAAGAAUUUUAAGAAAAAAAAGUAGUCAUUUUGAGUAAUCAAUACCAAAAUGAUCAAAUUAUCCCUCUCGUUAAUGAUGAAUAAUCUGAAAUAGAAUCAAGUUAAAACAGAGAUUUACUUGGAGAUGAUUAUGAAUAAAUGACUGAAAAAGAUAAAAUUUACUACAAUUACAGAAUUAUUAAUUAAAUGAUAAACAAAGUGUAAAAAGAUCAGCAAUCUUUAGAGAAAAAGCUGAAAAGCAUAACUUACAACUAAUAUGAUUCUGUAAUUAAUUGGAACAUAGAUGAAAAACUGCACAAAGAAGCCAAUCUUUUAGUAAUAGAAAAUCAAAGAGAUUUAAUUAUUUUAAAAACUAAAAAGUUGAAUCGUGUAAGAAAAGAAAUAUUGAAUAUUAAAGAUUUGUCUGACGAAGAGGAUCCCGAAAUGUUUUUGGCAAUCAAAUAAAUUGACUUUUCUCAUGAGGAAUAUGCCAUAAUUAAGGAUUUAUUUGCUACACUUGAUCUAAUAAUUAAUAAAAACUCUUUGAUUGGAUUUAAUUGGGAAAAAUUUACUGAAAGAGUUUUUAGAAAUAAAGAUUCAGUAGAUUCAUUUAUUUACAAGUUGAGGUAUUUUUCAUUUAAUGAAAUGACUGAUUAUUAUUACAGGUUAUGCAAAGAAUACUCAGAAAAUAAAAAGAUCCUUGAACUAUUUGCAUAAAAAGGAAACUAAAAAGUACCCUUUGAAAUAUUCAUAAUAAAAUUAUUUAUAGAAUGGAUGAAAAUAAUGAUUGUUGGUUAUGACCUUAAUCUUUAACUAAUUGAUAUUAUUAAAACUAUAAAUACAGAAAAAUAAGAAAUAGAAAAACUAUAAUAAAAUUGUGAUAUCCUUAAAAUGAGAUAAUAGUGUUUAAGUGAAUAAUAAACAAAUCUAGGAGAUUAAAUUAAAAAAAUAUCCUAACUACUAAAUCAGCUGUAAGAAAUAAAAACGUAAUACAAAAACAAGUAUAAUUUAUAAGAAAUAUGA